AUGCAGAUUGAGGUGAAGCUCUCGCUGGAGGACGCAGAGAGCUAUCAGCGCACCCUCCAUACCCUCGCCAACCAUCACCUCAGGGAUGAGUACUACUAUGACUUGUUUUUUGACUUCCCGUGUUCCGCGCUCCAGGAGCGGAGUAGUGUGCUGCGACUGCGCGUGCCGUGCGACCCGGCGCCUGUCUACGCCUACUCCGUGACGCCAGCGCCGAGCGCGAGUGCAGGCAGUAACAGCAACUAUGACCCAGAGGCGGAGUACGAGGCGUUGCUGCGUGCAUGCCGCGGGAAGGCCCCGUCUCCUAUUGACGCGGCGGCUGCUAGUAACGUUUCUGCCUGUGUGCAUGCGACGACAGCGACAGCUAACCCUGGGGGCGACGGCGUAUCUGCGCACGGCCUUCCGCUCCCUACCUUCACCCCUGGCGCUCUCGGCAAGCUUAUCCUGAAGCAGAAAAACACGGUGGAGCAGGGCCAUCAAAUGUGCUUUGUGGUGGAGGAUGCCCAGGUGCCGUCGGCGGUGGUGGAAGCCCUCGUGCGCCUUGUCCCCGAGUCGCUCUUCACUGCCGGCGUUGUCCCUUCCACAAAAGUGGCGGACGGCGGCGCCAGCGAUGCCUUUGCCGUCUUGUCGGCAUACGCGCAGCAGCAUCCGUGCAGUGACGACGGGGCCGGCGAGUCUGCGAUUGUGCGAAUCCUGUCCCAGCUGAGUGCUGUUGCCCGCGACUAUGCGCUAUCCAAUGGCACUGGCGCGCCGACUUCUGACCCUGAGAGUUCUAACACGCACUUCGCGCAGAUCCGCUUUGCGGCGAUGGGGACACACGCGACGUACAUGCAUCAGCAGCUUUCGACGUCGCAGCAGACCUGCGACAAGAAAAGCGGAAAGAUGGAAGAUGGUGAUGGUGAUGGCGCUGGCGGUGCUGCAGUGGUGCCGCGGUUGGAGGCCGUUGCGGGAUUUAUGACGCUGCGCAAAGUGUUUGCGUAUGCACCACUAGUUGCCUUGCAGCAGGCCUCCCUCAAGGCGCUCGACCUCACGGAGAGUGAAAGGGAGUUCAGAGAGGGACUGCGAGUGCGGCUCGAUGCAAGUUACCUGCUGCCAGGGCUGACAAUUUACGAACUUGAGGUUCCAAAGUGCGGCGUUGCCGUGGACGACGUGGCGACGGAGGUAGGCAAUUUCCUCCGCCAGCUUGGGGUCGCGUUCCACGUGGGUAGCGAGAGCAAAUUUACGCGGUACACGCAGUACCUUGCGGCAACCCGCGAGGCGGAACAAGACGCCAACGACGUGAAGCUCCGAUUGACAAACGUUAACGGGUAUGAGGAGGUGCAGCGCAACCUGCAGCAGCUCAUUCUGCCGGCAUACGCCGCCAAUGCGCAGAGCUCACAGGAGCGGCGCUACAUCUCAAACACUGAGGUGAGCCUCGCGGAAGACGAGGAGGCCGGGGACGACCGCACGUGGUGGCACACGAACCCGAGCGGCUACGUGAAGGAAACCAACGAAGAUUUCUUCUUCGACAGCCCAGAGCAGACGCUGCGGCGCGGGAAGAGCUUCCUGCGACUUCGCAAGCAGUUGCACUCGAACAAGUACCUUCUGGUUCUUAAAGCCCACCAGGUGUUCAGCGGUGGUCAGCAGAACUCGCUGUCUAGCAAGGUUCGUGUCUCUGAGGGGGUGGCACGUGCCCUCAUCGAGAAUCCCACGCAGUUUUUGCACGAGUACGCCGAACAUUUUGCGGUGGUGAAGACGGUAUGGAAGGAGUUCGGGGUGCGAGAGCUGUGCCGCGCCGCCACCUUCACGACAGAACGCCUGACGGUGCCGUGGUGGGCUGCUCAAGUGCAGCAGUCAACUCUGCAGCGAAGCUGGGCUAGCGGGGCCUCGUUGGCCCUCGCACAGCAGAGCCAGUCUAUCCACACCACCCCUUGCCUCCUCCAGCAGCAGCAGGGCUGCGGUGUGGCAGGCAAGCCGCAACCCGUUCCACCGUUGCUCAUUCACUUGGACAGGACGCUCUACAGGUUGCCAGCCGACGCGCAGGCGCCGCGCAUCCCGUUCAGCCAGUGCCGCUCGUGGGGUGACCGCCAGUGCGAGACAUACGAGCUGGAGGUGACGAACAUUGUAGCCCCUACAGAACCGAAGGACGUGGUGGCCGAGCUCACAGCGGUGCUCAAUCGGUUAGGGGUGGAGUGGACCGUUGGAGUCCGCAGUAAACUGGAGCAAUACUUCUCACUGAUGGAGAUGUGA